AUGCCAGGCGAAGCGCCCGAGAUUCUUUUAAUCCAACAUCCCAACGGGGCCCUCGCUCAGGCUUGCUUGCCCGACUACGUUGGCACCCCUCCGCCAGAAACUCCGCCCGAGCUGGCUGCUUCUGCAGCCCUUCGGGAUGCUUGGCGCCAGUCGGAAGAGGCAGGUGAGAAUGUCGUGGCGGCCCGGCGCGUGCUCUUUUGCAUCCUGCUCGCCAGCUUCUUCGUGGAAGUUGCCCUUGCCGCCCGCCGUGCCCCACAACCUCAGUUCACGUUCAUGGGCGUGGCCAUCGAUGCCGCGGCACCGCCAAGAAACGCCUUGGUCUGCGACGUCCUCUUCGGGGCUCUGUACUACUGCGCGGGGCUGCAGGCGAUUGCUCCACCGCGGCUCCAGUGCCCGGGCAGCUCCGGGAACGGCCUCACCUUAGAUGUUUACCGUCGCCAUGAGCAGCUGCAGAGGUUCCACGGCGGCGCGCGCCGCUUCGCCAAGGUUGCCCUGCUGGCAGCGUUUGUGCAGCCGGCGCUGGCGAUCAUCGCAGGGCCCAAUGUCCUUGGUGGCGAGGCUUCGCUGAUGUUCCUACGGGCAGCGGCUUAUUCACAGGCCACGACGUGCCUCAUGGACGCCCAGCGCGCCCUCGCGGCGACUAGGGCCUUGGCAGAGCAGUUUCCACGCAUCGGGGAGCCUCCGAGCUAG